GGCUCUACCAGGCGACGCUCGCGUCUUGCGAGUAAGUGUCAGGCUACUUUAACCGAGACCUAACCUAAAUUGAACUUAAUUGUUAGCUAGUUAAUUGUUUAUAAAUAAUUGCAUCGCCUUAAAUAUACUUGUCUAAAAAUUUGCCUCUUGUGCGUUCUAAAGAACGCAGUGCAAUUAUUACCAUAUAAAUCGAAAUACGACACUUGUCUUGAAAAUAGUAUCGUCCAACAAAAGAUUAUAUUUUAUUGUUCGGGUGUAAGGAGUGAAAAAGUUCGCUUCUAUCGUCGAUUUGUUGUUCGCGAUAUAGAACAAUGUAUAAACGUAAAUUCGACGAAUUAGAAGAUAACAGCGUUAUGAAAGUACCGGUGAAAAACUCGUUAGAUUCGGAUGAAGAGGAUGAUGAUGCUAAUGAGGAUAAUUACAAUAUUAUGAGCGACGAUGAAAUCGAAGGCGCCGAGGAUGGACCAAGUGCUCCAGAAACAAAUGUGGGAUUCACUGCGUUUAACAUGAAAGAAGAGUUAGAGGAAGGACAUUUUGAUAAACAAGGCCAUUAUCUGUGGAACAAAGAAAAAGAAAUUAGAGAUAAUUGGUUAGACAACAUUGAUUGGAUGCAGAUCAAACCGAGUUCUGCGCCAAGUGUAAAGAAGGAUAAUGAAAGGAGUGAGACACACGGGCUGGCAGAUAGCGAUAGCGAAGAUGAAGGUGCAGAUAUUAUGUUCAAUCCGAUUCAGGUUUAUAAACAGAUGCUGGAAUACUUGCAACCUGGGGAAACUGUUUCUAAGGCUUUAUGCAGACUUGGAAAAGGAAAAAAAAGAUUAACUACCGCGGAAAGAUGGAAGAGGAAACAGGAAAAGAAACCGGUGGAAGAUGAUCAAAAUUCUAUUAAUAUAACAAAAUUAACAGAAUUAGCAAAUGAAUUGCUAACUCGUACUGGAAAUAUGGAUAUAUAUCAGGAAAAUUACGAGCAAAUCAAAACGAAGAUUCAGCUAGGAGAAAAGCAUGCUCAUCCUUCGAAACAAGAAGCAGAGUUGGAUAUGUAUGCUGACGAUUUCGAUGUAAAAGAAAAAGCGAAAUUGGAUGGGAAUGAAAGUAAUAUUAAAGAAACCGAUAAUUGUGAAGAAAACGAAAAUAAAGAAGAAGAAGUAAUGUGGGAACUGAAGUGGUCGCAGGAUGAAAAUGCGGAAGUUUAUGGUCCACAUACAAGCGAACAAAUGCACGUAUGGGCGAAGGAAGGAUAUUUUAAAAGUGGGGCUUGGGUGCGGAGAACGGGACAGAACAAUCAGUUUUAUAAUGCUGCAAGAGUGGAUUUUGAACUUUACCUGUGAUGUUUUGUUCUCGCAUUUAAUUUCAUAAGAGAAUUAGCACCUGUAAUUCUUUGAUGAUAAAUUGCGACACUAGUGGUUUGAUUCCGAGGCAAUGGAAAACAAUGUUUAAUGUAACAAAGCAUAGACUAAUUACAUGUCAAUAUGUACAGUAUCAUUACAGACUUUAACGAACAUAUACUAUUCUGAUAUUUUGCAACUAUAAUAUAACAAGUAUUGAAU